AUGGGUGGAGAAAGUGAUGGAGAGGAGGAAAUGGAGGUAAAGACACCCACAUUGGAGACUGCUCCCAUGGUAAGUGGGAAUAAAAUGGGUAAACAGGUGUGUAUUAUAGCUGUUAAUUGGCCAGGAUGGGUGGAGACAGCAACAGGGAGGACAAAAUUGAGGGAAAGACAUACUGGAGACUGCUUCCAUGACAAGUUGGGAGAAAAGGGAAUAAGGGGUUUGUAUUAUAGCCGACAGUUUGCCAGAUUGAGUGAAGAUAAAGAUGGGGAACUGGAAACUGAGUUCAAGUAUGAUGGUGGAGUGAGGGAUCUGGCUAGCUGGCCAUCCUUAUACAAGAGUGUACAUCAGUUAUUGCAGUCACCUCCAAGCAGUCCUUCAUCCCAGAUUGAUGUAGAGGAUAUUGAUGAGCCUGGUCCGUCGAUUCAAAGACCACAACAGAGACAAGCAGCAAAAAAACGUACAGUUGCUAGGCGUGGCAAAGGCACAAGUGCUAGAAGAGCUGCCUACAAAGGAAAAAGACCAACUACUAGAACUCGCCGGUCCAAGACACCAGCACUCAGAAACAACAGCGGGAAAGUUUUAGCAAAGCAGAAAGAAGGGAUGAAGAAACAAGUGAGCAAGCUGACCAAGCCUCAACUGCAGGCUGCAAUUACGAGGGCCAUGGAGAUGGAGCCAGGGCUCAUGCUGCUUGUUUUAGCAGCCCCAGCCCCUGGAGGCAACCAACCCGAAGGUGCUGGACCUCAGCCCGAGGAAGGGAAUAUAAUUCCAAGCUGGUGUGUGUACGGAAACUGCCGGGACAUGCCGACACAGAGGGAGAGAGUUUGUUGCCGCCGGGAAGCUUGUCUUUCUCAUACUGCUGUAAGAAUCUUAAUAAAACUAAAAUUCAACCUUCCCGGAUCCAUAUGGACAAUAUACUGGCUUUGUGCCAAGUAGGGUGCAGUAGGACACACAUUUUGCAUGGUAUCAACAGGGAUGACAAUUUUCCUCCUUUUAGCGGAUUUCGUCUUUUUUUGUACUCAAAACUUUAGCAAUAUUUUUUUUUUUGCAUUAAAUCUGAUCUAUGAACAACUGAAUUUAUGUUUAUAGUGUGAUGGCGAUACUUUAUUACUACUAUUUUGUUCAAUUACAAAUAUUAUUGGAUCUGAUCUGUUUUCUUGACAUUUAAAAUGUUCAAAUGUGAUAAUAAAACAUAGUAUGACCAUGAAUUGUUCUGUAUAUUAUUGUCAAUGACUGAUUUUCUUAAUAAAAUUUGUACUGUCUGCUUUCUAAUAUGUUUUUGUUAAUAUUUUCUUUUCUUCUCAAAAAUCUCAUUCAAAUGAUACUCAAGUAAUAUGUCCAUUUGCGUCCAACUUUCACAUUUUCAUGUUUAAGAUGUAACUGAUACCUUUGUCAACCUUGUUUAGAAACAAUCAAACAGAAUAAUGGCAGGUUCAUUUUUGAUACAGCCUAUUACUUUAGUAAUAAAGAAAUUUUUGCAAUAAACAUCUUUCAAACGAAAAAAGAACAGAUAAAUAACCGAAAUAAAACCAUGAAGAUCACAGUUUGUUCAUUUCUUCUUGAAUUAAAACUCAAAUUUGAUGUUACCGAUAUAUUAUGCAUUGAUAAACAGUCAAACCCCAUUGAUAUUCAAAGAAGAGCUGCUACUGUAUGCUCCUGAAGAGUUGUUCAGGAUGGUCAGCAAGUAUGAUAGCUGGUAUGUAACAGUUGCUCCUGAUGUGCUUAUUAUUUUUUGAAAGUAAAAAUGAACACAUGAAUUAUGUGGCUACUGUAAAGUUAUAGACAAGACAUUUCUUGACAACACUAGUCCAUUUGCUACACCACAAAAGACCCAACCACAACACUGCACUGAAAUGGUCUAAAAGAUGUUUGUUUAGGGUAAUAUCCCCUAAAUUAUAAGGCAGGUUAGGUAGGGAUUUUAUUAAAAAAAAAUAUUCAAAAAUGCUUUGGUUAAGAUCAUUUUUUACCAAAUGUUCUUAUGUAUUGCUGUUAUGGAGCUAUAUUAUGUCAAAAAUGUUGACAG